AUGGAAGGUGUUGCCGCAAAAGCCAGCAACAUCUGGAAGUCAGAGCGUCUCGUCUACAGAGCCGUCGAGCCCAGAGACACGGAAAUACAGGCUUGGAUUCAAGACCACAUGAUCAACGAUCCCGCGAUGCUGUGCCUAUCUACCGACAUUCUCCCAAGGCCCCGAAACUUGGAGCAGAGCAACAAGCUGGUUCUCGACUUAUUAGCCGAGUGUCUCCUCGGCGCGCUCAUUUACCUCCCUUCCGACAGCGCCAACAGCGCCACCACAGCCGUCUUUGCGGGGAAGCCAGCCACUCUUCAGAGCGAGCCGGCAAACGAGUCACCAACACCACAGAGCAAGAACAGCCCGGGCACGCUCAUUGGCUUUCUCUUGCUGCGACCGCCCUCGCCGCUCUCGCCGCAGGCCCGCGCAAGCUCGGUUGGCAUCACGCUCGACGGCGCGUACGUGGACAAGGGCUACGGCAGCGAGGCGCUGCAGUGGCUCGUCGACUGGGGGUUCCGGUACGCCAACCUGCACCGCAUCGGGCUGUCAGUGAACUCGUUCAACGACCGCGCCGUUGCCGUCUACAAGCGACUGGGGUUCGUGGAGGAGGGGCGGGCGAGGGAGGCGGUGUAUUUUGACAGACAGUGGUAUGACAUUGUGCACAUGUCAAUACUGGAGCAAGAGUGGGAGGCGCUGAGGAGCAAACAGACGUCUGGAGUAUGA